AUGAUUAUACAUUCAUAUCGUGAACGUGAAUCAGCUACAAAUAUGAUUGAAUUAUUUACUAUGCAUAAAAAUGUUGGCCAAUUAGCGUUUGCUAUUGGUAAUGAAAUGUUGUCAACACUUAAACUAAAUAAACAACAACAACAAAUGAUGAAUAAUACAACAAACAAUGAUCAAUUGAAUCAUACGAAUACAUCAUCAUUAUAUCAACAACAGAAUGAAACCGAUAUGGCGGUGAAACAAAUGCUCAAUGCUUUAAAACAAAAAGGUUAUAAUGGUGAUCAGAUUGAAGCGAUGAUUAAUGAAAAAUUACAUUAUUUACGAUCAAAAUGUAAUAAUUGGUCUAUAAAUAGUAGCAACAAUGAAAUUGUCACCAAUUCAACCAUUCAUCAUCGGAACCAGACUAAACAAUCAUCAUCAAUGAUGAUUGAUUGUGUUCGAACAUAUGAAAAAUUUUUCUACAAUCUAGAUAUGGAAUUAUUACCUGUUUAUCAUCAUCAACAACAAUCGCAAUCGCAACAACAAAAUCAAUCAUGGUUAUGGGAACGAUAUUCCAAAUUAGCCAUGACUGAUUUUUCAUUACGUAAUAUGCCAUAUACAUUAUUUAUUCGUGGUGUCAUACAACGAUAUACGGCACUUGGUUUUGGUACAAUAUUGUUAGCCACAGCUGAUUUUAAUAAUCAAAAAUCAAUAAUGAAAACAUUCAACAUAUCGGAUUAUUUUCAUUAUUAUUAUUCAAGUCGACAACAGAUUGAAUCAUCAUUUGUAUGGAAUCAAAAAUUUUAUCAAAAAUAUCUGGAAUUCGAACAAUCAGAAUAUCAAACUGAAAUGCUUGUUAAUCAUUUCAAUCGAUGGCUAAUGGAUAUACAACAACAAUAUAGCCAAAUGAGUCAAUUAAUGAUACGUUUAUUCACACAAGAAACAUUAAAUCGUAUGCAUAGUUAUUUGAAGAAAAAAAAUGCUGAAAGUAUUGAACGAUUAAUGUUUGUGAAUGGUAAUCGUACAAAAUUUAUCACUGAUCAAGAUGCUAAUAAUCAAAUUAGUAUACAUGUGGAUAGUGAUUUUAUUGAAUCAUUUGGUCUGCAAAGAAUACAACAUUUAAUCAAUAUGGCACCACAACAACCACAACAACAACAAAAAUCAUCAACAAUUGAUGAUGUUAACAAUGUAAUGAAUGAACAAUAUGAACAAUUGACCAAAGAUCAAGUACGAUUCUUGAUACGUGUACAAGAUUUUCUAAAUAUAUCAAUGUAUUCACAUCUUGUACAAACAAUGAUCAAUGAACAAACAAAUUUCAUUUAUCAUUCAAUUGUUGUUACCAUGUUAAUCAUAUCCGUUGUUUCUGGUCUAAUUCUCUUUAUUUAUAUCUGUAUUUGGUCAUCAUAUUUUCGUCAUCCAUCCUGUUGUAUGAUGAUGAAAUCCACUAAUCAUCAUCAUCAUCAUCAUUCAGGUAUAUUUAAUCGUCGUUGGUUUAUACGAAGAAGACCAUUCUGGAAUCUAUCAUUACCAUCAACAUCGACAUUUAAAACAUAUUUUUCAUCAACAGCAACAAAUCAACAACAUUCAUCAGGUUGUACAAAUCAUCAUCAUAAUUAUUGUGGUCCUAUGACCUGUUGCUGUUGUUGUUGUUUUCAAAUGAUAAUGAAUCCUGGUUCACCAACAAUCAAUAAUGGUAGAUUAUUAAAGAAAAAUCAUUGCCAUCAUACAUCAACAUUGGCAAAUGUUAUAUUUCCAUGUUCAAAUUCUAAUAAUGCAUUUCUUAUAUCAUCAUCAACAAAACGAACAAUUGCCGGUGCCGUCAUAAAUCGUUAUUGUGCUACACCAAUUUCCUCUUCAUCAUCAUCGAAUAAUCAUCAAAAUCAAUCAAUUAAUCAUAAUACAAAUAAUAAUAAUCAAACAAAAACAUCACUUUCAACAUAUAAAUUUGAUAAUACUCGUAAUAAUCAUGGUAGUGGUAAAAAUGCCAUAAACAAUGGUGAUACAGUAGCUCCAAUUGGUCCAUCAUUAUCAUCAUCAUCAACGACAUCGACAAAUUCAAAUCAUCAAAUUGAUUGUAGUAUAAAACAUGAAAAAUCCGAAAAUAAUGGAUGUAAUGAUAAUAAUAACAAAUAA